AUGGCGCACCCCUCCAGUCGCGCGUCAGCCUCUGCGCCUCAAUCGGCAUCACCCAUCGUCGUCGGCCGUCCACCAAACUUUUGGCUGUUUAGCAGCAGCAGCGGCUUUGACAUGACCCAUCCGCCGACGCCCACAUCACCGCUCGUGUACCCCCGGUUGGCGCUCACGACCACCAACGCGGCCGUCACCAUUGCCCCGCACAAGACGGCCCUCGUCAUUAUUGACAUGCAAAACUACUUCCUCUCCGCCGCCCUGGGUCGUCGGCGCGGCGAAGGCCAUGACGCCGAGGAUGUGCUUCUGAAGCUCGGUAUCCCUGCGGCCCGCGAGGCUGGAAUCCAGGUCAUCUGGCUGAAUUGGGGCAUCUCCGACGAGGGGCUGGAGACGAUGACCCCGACUCUCUGGCGCGCGUUUGGAUGGAUGGUCACCGACGACGACCAGAAGGGCAGCAGCUUCAAUGUCGUGGAUGACAGUGGCGGCAUUGCUGGAGGCGCUGUGCGAGUUCUGGAGAGACAGACCAAUGCUGGCAUCGGCGCCGAGCUUGGUCGAGUCAAGCUCGAUGACGGCUCCCAGGUGAACGCGGGUAAGAAGCUCCUGCGUGAUCAGUGGAACACUAGACUGCAUGGACGCCUCGAAGAUGCCUUCCAGGACGGCCAGAAGGCGGCUGUGCCCGACGUGCGCUUUCACAAAGACCGCCUGUCUGGUCUGUGGGGUGGCGGCGACUCCACGGAGCUCGAGGUCUUUUUGGAAAGACAGGGCAUCAAGACGCUGCUAUUUUCAGGCGUCAACACGGAUCAGUGCGUGUUGGCAACAGUGCAGGAUGCCUCCAACAAAGGCUUCGACACUGUGCUGCUCAAGGAUGGGUGCGGUACGAUGAGCCCCGAUUAUGCCAAGCAGAUGGUGUUGCUCAACUGUCAAAAGUCGUGGGGCUUUGUGUCUAGCUGUGCGGCGCUGGCGCAAGGUGCGAAGAACAUGAUCAAGGAAGAGGCGGCCGAGGGAGCAUGA